UACACCACAGAGGUCGCUGGUGUUGGAGCUCCGGAGUUUGUCCUCAGAUAACAACAAAUAACACCACGUGUUUCAGGAUUGUGGGUAAUGUAUUUCUGUUGCAGAUGGAGGCCUCCUCACACAGCAGAGGUGGGAGGGGCCUGUGGAAGAACCCCAGGGUCACCACGUACAGCCAGCAGACCCAGGACCUGCUGAGAUUGAUGAUGCAGGAGUCCAAACUCACCAACCUCCAGAGGAAGCACAUCAAUGAAAGUCUGAGGAAUGGAGCAGCUUUGCCACUGCCCCCUGACCCCAAAUUGCUACCUUCUCCCCCUCAGCCCAAAACCAGUAAAUCUGUCCACAGAUGCCUGCCAGGCAGACCUCAGAGGCGCAGCGCAGAAGCUUGCUGUUCUGGGAACAGCUACACCAGAGAAAGGUUCCGUCCCGCCCCUACAAGAGACUUGGAGAAAGAGAAGAGGAGGCUUCAGAAUAUAAUGGCAACAGGAGAAGAAGAGCCCACAUCUGCACCAUCCCAUUCAACAUGUUGGAGCCCAGAAGUGAUGGAGGAGAGAGACCAGUAUCAGGAGGUUCUGGAUGAGAUAGAGGAAAGAAGACACUUCCUGGCAGACAUGGCCUCUCUUGGUCAGGAGAAGCAGUACAUCCAUAUCAUCAACCAUGAAAUAUCACAGAAAAUCAGAGAGCUGGAACUACUGGACAAGUCCCACCAAGACAUCCAUAAGGAAAGAGCAGACAAAGUGGACUCGAAGGAGGAGACAGCAGAGAGGGUUGACCUCUGACUCUCCAUUCUUACUGUUAAAAUUACUUUAAAAUCAAAUGCAAGCAAUAA